ACACGAUCGUAACGCAAAGUAUGAUUAAUUAUUUUUGUUUUACACUAUUUCUUGAACAUGAAUCACAUUGCACUCACGAAACACUAUUUGCAUUCAUGUACUACAUCGCGUAUCUAAUUAUGCGACGUCUACCAUCUUAGCGAUUUAUAUAGACACUCACACUCUCCUGGCUUCGUCUAGACCUCUCCGGAUAUAUGUGCAUUGUUGGUAGUUGUCACAGUGGGCGAAGGAAUGAACUUUCUCGUGCAUAACAUAUGCAGAUCAACCGACCAUUAUGGAAAGUUACUUAAUACAUUUACGAAUAUUACUCAUAACGUUUCUUGGUCGAUCGUGACGCGUGGGUUUUCUCACUGAAACCGCCCUGGCGCCUCUCUGUAAACGCAAACCGACGAUCGAUUCCAAUUACUUUUAAUUAUGUCAACGCAGCGAACAAAUUAACGUAGGUUGAAAUGUUGCUGUUAUUGCUGUUGUCGCUAUGAACGAGAGCCGGUGCUACAUCGAUUCGCCCGUGCUCGCUGAACAUCAGCUAUUCAACCGGAAUGGGAAGGCACUCAGGGGAUCGAAAAAAAGUGUGUUACUUUAUACAACCGACUGUGGUGACGGAAAAGAAGAUCUGGGACUCAAGCUUCAGCAACGAUCAGUUUCUCUGACUGCUCUACAUACAGGAAGUGGAACGCAGCAGCAAUAUCUGGAACCAAGAAUGGCGCAAUUAGAAACCUUGGAGGCAAAGAUGGCCAGUAUCGAAGUAUCUUUGUCAACUACGCCAAGAAGAAAGAAAGGUGGAAGCAUUUCCGGCGGAGUAAUAUCGCCAGCUGGUCAUCGAAAUAGAGAUCAUUAUAAGGAACUGGACGCUCUCCGAAUUGCAUUACGCGACAAGGAAAAUAUCAUUCAAACACUGAAAGGGCAACUCUGCAAUACACUGAGCAACAGAUUAGCUUUACGUAAUGGUGCUCCACCUCUAACCGAGGCUGACAGAAAAGCAGCCGAAGAACGUCUUCAAAGGUUGCGACGCGAUGCGGAUAAUAAGCGGCUAGCGAUAAAAAAUUUGAAAUUGGCGCUCGAACGACUAGAUAUUACAGAUAAUAUCGAUGUUCGAAUUCAACAAGCUGAAUUAGAAUACAGACUUGGACGCGAAGAACUCGAACUUUUAACUCUUCGCGAAGAAAGCAGAGCUUUACAGGCUGCUUUGGAAUUGGCAGAGACCCAAGAGAAACAGAAAAAUGAUACAAUAUUUAGUUGUAUCUCUGGUUCUACGCAAGUUACGAUCCAUGCAGUGGAAGUUAGCGCAGAUCCAAAAAGUCCCCGUUUCGGUGCUGGACCAAGAGAAGACACGCCUGGCUUGUAUGUCGAUUGGGCAGUUGAAGAUUCUGGAUUAUGCAAGGGAGACAGAAUCUUGGAAGUGAAUGGAAAACUUGUGGUGGGAGCAGGCAGAAGCGAUUUAGCAAGACUGUUGGCCGUUGCACCCGAUGCAGCGCAAAUCGUGGUCCUUCGAAAAGGCGAAUCCCUGGCAGCACUCCGCACUCUUCGAUCUGAUAACCUUAGGCUGACUCACAGGAUCGGAUAUCUCGAGGAACAAGUCAGGGAUCUUCUCGCACCAAGUAGAGCCGAGGUUCCUGCAGACCCUCCACCGUCCCGUCAAGAACAAGUUCAGGUUUUUCAAAAAGGACCACAGGUAACUGCGUUAGUUGCAAAUCUUCCUGGCCUUAAUGUAAGGAAUUCGAUGGAAUUACGGCAGAGUUUACCAACAGUAAGAAGCAGGCACAAUGACCAUUCAAAACGUUCGCUAGACGUAAAAAUCUCGAACGAAUUCGACUCGUCAUCGACUAGUAUUUUCAAUGGUCAUCACAAAUCACGAAGUAAACAAAAACAUCAAGGAUUUCCAUUAACCAGGUCAACUGCAAGCUUGGAUUGCAAACAAACGCAAAUACAAUCGCAACUACAACGUAGAAGACCACCGCGCGUUGAAUCAGCUUUGGAACAUUUAUCUAAGAAUCGUAAAAAUUCAUCUCAAGUACAACCGUUAGACUUCGAUUCCGAACCAACCUAUUAUCGAUUACAGGAGACUCAGUCGCGAGCGUCAGAAAACUCGGAUAUAUCAGUAGUCUAUAGCUCACAAGAAUCGAAAUCUCGCCCAGCACCGCCGAAAAAGCCACUUCGAUUGUCUUUACAUCGAGCAGCUAGUCUUCAAUCCGUAGAAAGUGCACCACCAUCUGCACACCAUGAAAUAGCUAAAAAACCGAUGAAGAGAAGUCAUAAAGGUGAUCCACCGGAGAAAGGUAUUCGAACGGAAACAAAUGGAGAAACAAAUAAUCAAAUGCAAGAAUCGCAUUCCAAUCCACCUCAACCUCCGCCGAGGACACCUUCCAGAGCAGAGUCUUGUCAAAGUGCGUUACGAUGGCCUUCCCCUAAGCCACGACCUCAUUUAGCACCUGUCACUAUGGAAAAAUGGUGCUGAACAAAAAAGAAUGUAAGGGAAAAAAGAACCAUUACGAUAUGAAUGAUAUUUCAAAUAUCAACGUACACUGCAUAUUAUACGUAUCUUUAUGUAUUUUCUGUUCAGUGUAACAUGAAUAUUCGAGUAGUGUUAACAACAAAUCUUUUAAGAUCUCUGUUAUUAUAGAAAAAAACUGGGAAACUUACGAAGAUUUUUAUACGAUGCAUUUGUAAAUACAAAAUGAUAUUUUUAUGCUUUUUACCUGUACUUUAAGAAGACUGAAUUGUUCUGGAUUUAUUCGUACACUAUUUUUAUACCUGUUUUUAAAUUUUAUAUUUAACUAUAUUGGCUGAUAAUGUUUCGUUGUAUACAUUCAUUUCAUGUACUAUGGAAUAUAAACGUUCAAAGUAAUCGAUUACAUAAAAAAAUUUCGCUUUAUAAGUUAAACAAAUAUUUCGUACAAAGUACGUGAAACGUACAUUUAUACUCCCUAAUUUAUAAGCAUUAGUUCUAAAAAUAUGAAUCUUUUUUUAUUUUUAUGUGAUU